AAUGGCGCCGCCAGCACCUCCCAUGUCGGAGGAAGUCACCGACGGAGCUGCUGCCGCUCAGACUAAUGGACCAGCAAUGGGUUCUGGUGAAAAUGGUCCACGAAGGUGGGAAAGGCCUUGGACGACUUCAGAAAUACGCCAAGAGGCCAAUAACUGGUCACUGGCGGGAGAUGCAGGGCUGCUACAGCACCUGCAGGAGUUUUCUCAGCGCGUGUUGUCACGGACACACGAGAUAGAACAGGAAGUCGAUGGUCUGGUACACGAGGCAAAGUUGACCAGUGUGCGGGUAAACAAUGUUUUCAAUGACUUCAUUAUGCUGGCAAACACCCAGUUUGUAGAAAACCGAGUUUACGAUGAAGACGUCAGUCAGGCAAGCAAAGAAGAAGGACAGAAAGCUGAACAGGAGGAUAAAUCUCGUGAGCAGCGUGAAGCUGAACUGAUUCCGAAGGUUUCCGAGGCGUUGCGCUACGGACUGAACGUGAUCGACGAAGCCUUCGAGAAACUCGACACGAACGUCGUAAACUCCGACUCGGAGGACGAAGAUGACGCGGAUUACAAAGUGGAUCCCAUCCUCGAGGCAAAGGAUCCGUAUGUCAACCGCCCACUGCCGUGUCUGAUUGGGACGCCGGCUUUCUGGCAAGACGACAAUGUCGGACUCUUAGAGGAUGUGUCAGAGAAUGAAGAGUCUGACCACGGCAGUAUCAGCGAGAGCGAGGAGGAGAAGUUGAAGUACUCAGACUCGGAAGAAGAGAGAAGGAUUAAAGCCCGACAGCAGAAACUUAAAAAGGUUUCUGAUGAAUCCGACACAGAGAGUGAAGAAGAAAGCGAUGACGAAAGUGACACUGACGAAGAAGAACUGUUUGAGAGUAAAGAGAAGAAACUCGAUCAGGAGGAAUCUAGUGGGGAGGACUUGAGUUCAGAGGGGGAGGGGGAGGAAAAUGAAACAGCAAAGAGUCAGGUGAAUGGAGGCGUAAGAGAUUUCACAUCGGAACUGGCGUCUAAGAUCGGCGCAGCAGUUCCUAAACGUGUUCCAGCUGAAGAUAGUGAGGAAGAGGAAGAGAAACCCGCAGUACGAGAAGCGCGAGCCUCAUCAGUGAGGAAGGAAAAACACAAGAAACACAAGGACGAGAGCAAGAAGAAACACAAACCCAAAACACAGCAGGAAGAUGCUGAUAUGUUUGGUGCCAGUCCCGAGAAAGACGAUGAUUUGUUUGGUAAAUCGGGUGGUCUGUUUUCCACCGGCUCCGGUCUCUUCGAUGAUGACAGUGAGGGUGGAUUGUUUGAUGACGUUGACCACAGAAAGUCGAGAAGGACAAAGAAACCUUCCAUGAUGGAGGAGGAGGAGGAGGAGCGGGAAGAAGAAGAGGUUGUAGUUAAAGAGGUGGAACAGAAGACUAGAAGUGGUAAGAAGAUUCCUAAAGGAGCUGUGUCAAUUUUUGCAGGCGGAGAUGAUGAUUUGUUUAGUGACAGACACGAGGACAAGAACAACAGCAAACAACAACAGCAGCAGCAGCAGCCAGUGAACAAACCCGCGAGGUCGGCGUCCGGUCUCGGCGGCGGUCUGUUUGAUGACGAUGAUGAUGAUGAAGGGGACGACCUAUUUUCUGUUGCUCCAAAGAAGUCGGCGGUGUCAAAAGAUCGAGCCAGCAGUGGAGUGAAGAGCAGCACGAAGGAGACCAAGCCGUCCAGUAAGGAUCUGUUUGCCGACGACGAAGACGAGGAUGAUUUGUUUUCAGGGUCCUCGAAACCCGAGAAGACUCCCAAAGCAGACGUCAAACCAAAGCAGAAGAAACCUGAGAAAAAGUUGCCGGCUGGAGCAGUGUCGAUGUUUGUCGGAGGUUUUAACCCUUUAACUGCUGCCCUCAAGAAACAGAGACCCACCUCAGACAGCGAGGAGGAGAAACAAGACAACACAGACGGUGAGAAGUCUCGCAGCGGCAGCAUCCGAUCCAGCAAGUCUUCGAGUUCCGCUGCCUCAGUAACCAAGAAGACAGCCCCAAGUCCAUCUCCAUCUGCUAACAGUCUGUUCGGAGAUGAGGAUAUUGACGACAGCCUGUUUACAGCCAAACCAAGAACCAACAGCAAACCGAAACCGAAGACUGCAGCAUCAUCCCUGUUUGCUGAUGACGGCGACGAUGAUUUGUUUGGUGGCGCUGUCAAGAAGCCGAGUCCUAAACCAGCAGAAACAAAGAAAGAGGAGAAGAGUAAGACGAAGGCAGCUGGUUUGUUUGACAGCGACGGUGACAAUGAAGAUGAUUUCUUCUCAUCAGCUCCAAAGACCAAAGACACGGGUAAAAAGAAGCCUGUAGGUGGCGUUGCUCUGUUUGGUGGCGCAGACAUCUUAUCGAAGAAGAUGCUGUCGGAAAAGAAGGAACAAGCAGAGGAGAAACCCGUCUCCCCAGCGACGGCGUCCCCUAAGAAAACGACGGUGUCCCUGUUUGAUGCCGAAGAAGAAGAUGAUGCUGAUUUGUUCGGAGGUCCACCACCUCUACCACCAGCCGAGAAAAAAGACACGAAAGCGCGGACCAAGUCAAAGAGUCUGUUUGAAGAUGAAGAUUUACUAUUUGGGGGCAGCGAGGAAACUCCCGAUGUCGACCUGUUCAGCAAGGCUGCAGCAGUCACAGACCAGCCCAAGUCAACCAAAGCUAACACUGUCCCCACUAACACUGCUACUAAGAUAGGUGGCGCCACCACGACCUCGAGCACCACUGACCUGUUUGAUGAUGACGAUGAUGAUGAUGAUCUUUUUGGUACGGUAAAAACAAAGUCAUCACCUGCCCCAGUACAGGAGAAGGUUGAUGUACGAGGAGUAACAACAACAGAAAGUUCCGAUAGUGCCAAUGUGGAAGAAGACAAAUCUAAAUCUCCGCCGGUGGAGACGAAGCGAAAGAAACCAGCGGGGGCGGUGUCGAUGUUUGGCGGGAUGGAUCCAAGUGCGAUACUCAAGAAGAAAAAGCCGGUUGAAGAUGUGAGUGAGAAGAAAGAAGACAAGAAACCUGUAGAGAAGCCAGUGGACCUACUCCAUGACAAAGACAAGGAUGAUGAGCAUGUUCUGAGCUCCUCCCCAGGGAAGUCCAAGAUGGCGCCACCCAUAGUGAAACCGAAACCGAUCAGGUCAGACUCGACAAGAUCUGUGGAGAAAAUACCGAGUCUUGACAAGACCCCCAGUGUUGAGAAAGCCCCCAGUCUUGACAAGACCCCCAGUCUUGAGAAGGUGCCCGGUCUUGAGAAGGUGCCCGGUCUUGAGAAGGUGCCCAGUGUGGACAGGGCCCACGAAGAGCCUGAAAAGGAGGACGCCCCGAAGACAUCGAAGCCAAAGAAACCCGUUGGCGGUGUGUCGAUGUUUGGAGGAUUCGAUCCUAUGGCCGGACUCCUCAAGAAAUCCAUAUCCGUCCCAGAGAAAGAUCAACCUCCAGAUGAGGAGGUCGAUAAGAAAGACGUCCCUGAGUCAGUAGCAGCUACAGAGAAUGAGCCCACGUUACCGGCAUCGAUGCCUGCCAAAGAAUCAGUGGUCACAGCAAGACCACCAAGUAAAAUUGGCAAACUCAAGAUUGGUUUGGCUAUCAACCCAGCAGCAUUGUUACCGGGGGCCGCCCCGCCAGUGAAGGAGGACAUUGUGGUAGCUGCAUCGUUUGACGAGCCGGCCAGUCCCAAACCGUUGCCCAGUGUUAACAAGGACAGAGCAAAGCUGACCCGGCGACGCCCGAUGUCUCGGAAAGGUCGAAAGUCGAUGGUUCUCUCUCAGUCGUUUGACGAAUUCACGUUGCCGUCACCGACAGAGGUCGAAGAAUCAUCUCCGAGUAAAUCGAGCCAAUCAGACACUGUCCCCAAAUCACCGAUUGCUCAAAACCCGCCUUCAUCUUCCACCGACCUGUUUGGCAAUGACGAUUUACUCGGUGAGAAAACGGACAGUCCGAAACUGCUAGUGUCAGAAAACAAAGACGAAAGUGACAUUUUCAGCAAAGGUUUGUUUGAGAAGAGUAAAAAAGAAAGUAGUUCUGUUUCGACUAAAGACAAAGGCGAUUCGAUGGAUGGAUUAUUUUCAGAUACGACCAGCAAACUCAAAGAUUCGAAGUCGGAUGAGAAAGACAGUCUCUUUUCAGAUGGAACAAAAGUCAAAGACUCUGUCAAAUCAGAUAAAACUGUUCAAGAUGAUGACGAUGAUUUGUUUUCGUCGACAAAAACAACAAAGUCUUCUGUGAAACAGAAAGCUGUAUUAGACAAAGAUGAUGUUUCCAGUAAAAAGGAUGUUGUCAGUAAAGAGGAAGUUUCCAGUAAAAAGGAUGUUUCUAGUAAAGAGGAAGUUUCCAGUAAAAAGGAUGUUUCUAGUAAAGAGGAAGUUUCUAGUAAAAAGGAUAUUUCCAGUAAAGAAGAAGCUUCCAGUAAAGAGGGUGCGAAGAAAAAGUCUUCUUCGAUUGUGGAUGACGAUAUUUUUGCUAAUGCCAGUAUUAACAAGAAAAAAGAGCCAAAAGCUAAGCUGGAUGACGAUGAUAUAUUUGGAUCAAGCAGCAUGUCGAAACCCGCGGCUAAAGCAUCUGUUGAUGACGACAACAUAUUUGGCAGCGUAGACACGAAGGAGAAGAAGAGAGCGAAGAAAGCGACUGUGAAGGAUGAGUCGCUGUUUAAGGACGACACGGAUAUAUUUUCCGACAUUCCCACCACCAAACCGAAGGAGCCGAAGAAGAAGAAAAAGGUGGCUCCUACAGAGAAGAAAAGUAUUUUUAAAGAUGAUAUCGAUGACAUUUUUGCCGACUCCUCUCCCGUUGCUACAAAACCAAAGAAACAAAGUAAACAGAAGUCAAAGGACACUUCAAAACCAUCUGCCGCAGCCGAAGAUGUCGACAUAUUUGAUGACCCACUGUUAGGUGGGAAAUAAGAUGACCACCGAACCUAGUGAAUAAACAUGAGACUGUAUAAUUCCCCGAACUAAUGCUUAUAAAACACGACUCCCGAACUGAUGCUUAUAAAACACGACUCCCGAACUGAUGCUUAUAAAACACGACUCCCGAACUGAUGCUUAUAAAACACGACUCCCGAACUGAUGCUUAUAAAACACGACUCCCGAACUGAUGCUUAUAAAACACGACUCCCGAACUGAUGCUUAUAAAACACGACUCCCGUGUGGGUUAUGCAAAAACAAAAUGGGUUACCUGAAUUUAUUAUGAUUGCAGAACCCGUAAAAGUUUUAUGCAGAUUUUCAUUUCUCAGAGACCUGGGCACCGUUCCACGAAGUGAUCUUAGCCCUAAGAUUACCUUAGGCGCAUAGUUACCCUAUGCACUUAACUUGAUCUUAGCCCUAAGAUUACCUUAGGCGCAUUGUUACCCUAUGCACUU